CUGUGUAUUAAUAAUUACUUAUUUUAAAUAGUGAACUGUUUUAUGGUAAUUAGUAUGACAACCCAUAAAAAACAUUAAUCGGUGUGUUAGUUUAUUGAUCUUGUUCAGGGAAUUGCUAGACCUAAGUGAUAACAUGCAAGAAAAACUGAAAGCAAUAAAAUUAGAUAGCCUGAGCGAGGAUGGAAUGAAAUUUUUUCAAAGCGUUUUUAAUAAAUAUGACAAAGACCAUAGCGGCACCAUAGACAUAAAAGAGCUGACGACGAUGUUGCAGGAGGACAAUGACGUCUCACAUAAAAUAGUAAAAAAACUGAUAAAGUAUAAUGACAAAAACGGCGAUGGAAAAAUUGAUAUAGACGAGUUCACUAAUAUGCUCCUAGAUAAGAAGUUUAAAAAAUUAUUUAGAAGAUAUGUUAACAGUUAUGUGAACUUCGUAGUACCCCGAAACAAACUUUAUAGAGUAGUAACGUUAGAAGGAGAAACAUACAUAGACAGCCCUUACGAAGAGGGGAUUUCCUUCUGGCCCCCACCAGCUUGCAUGGUACUAAUGUCCAUAAUCGAAAUCAUUUGUUUUGUGGUCAAUAAGUCAUAUAAUAACGAUCAACCAGACGAGAGAGGCCCCCUAGCUAUUCACCUGAUUUACGAUCCUUUUAAAAGACAACAAUGCUGGAGAUUUUUGACUUAUAUGCUGGUGCAUAUUGGGAAAAUGCAUCUAAUAGUAAACUUAAUAGUCCAAAUACUGUUGGGAAUACCAUUGGAAUUGAGAAAUCGUUGGUACCGUGUGUUGCCGGUGUACCUUAGUGGAAUAGUGGCGGGUUCUUUACUCUCCUCCAUCGUGGAUCCCAGUGUAUUUUUGGCGGGAGCCAGUGGUGGAGUUUACGCUAUCCUUACCGCCCAUAUAGCCAAUGUCAUAAUAAAUUUUCGUGAAAUGAGUUUUCCAUUAGUGCAGCUUUUUAUAUUCGGUACAACCAUUUUUGCUGAUAUUUCUGUUGCUAUUUAUAACCGGUACAAUACAUCUGAUGAAGCUAUUAGUUAUGCGGCUCAUUUGGGAGGAGCGGUUGCGGGCUUGCUGGUGGGAAUUUGGGCACUGAAGAACGUAGAACCAACAGAAAAAGAAAAAUACCUCUGGUGGAUCGCUUUUCUGUUAUACUUCAUACUAAUGGGUGUGGCUAUAAUGCUCAAUAUAUUUUGGACGGAGCAUUUCCAGCCGUCCAAAUGGUUAUAAAAUGGUUUUUUUUUUUGAAAAGAGAGACUGUGACUGAGAAUUCGUUUUAUAAUUAAAAUAUUUAAAUUCAAA